UCAAAGUCAUCACCUCACCAGGUCCAACAUCUUCAUCUUCUUCAUUUCUCUCUUGAAAUAUUUUGCCCUAAUUUCUGAUUUUUCCCUAAUUUGGGGAUUGAAUAAUGUCAUGGUUAAAGACAGCAGUGAACAAAGCAGUAGAAGUAGGUGCGAAGAAUAAUCUAACACGAACAGUACGUAACUAUGCUGAUACUGUUGUUCAUCAUGCUGGUCAAGCUGUUGCUGAAGGAGCUAAACUAUUACAAGAUCGCAUUGUAGCGAGGAAUUUUAAGAGUUUUAAGCAUACAUUAAAGAGAUUGGAAGAAGCUGCAGUUUCUUGCAAAGGACAAGAAAGAGUUCAACUGCUGCAGAGAUGGUUGAUAGCUCUGAAAGAAUGUGAUAAGCUUUCGGCAGGAUCUGCAGAACAUGCUACUGAACAACCUUCUCCUUCUGUUGAAUCCAAGGAUUCUCCAAAGAGCCCUUCUCUAGUUCUAUAUUAUGAUCCUGAAUUGGGUGGCGAACCAUUGAACUUUCAUGAUGUAUUUCUUCACAGUCAAGCUCUGGAAGGAUUAACAAUUUCCAUGAUUCUCGAACCACCAACUGAAGAAGAAGUUUCUCUACUGCUGGUAAUAUUCAGACUCUGUCUUACUGGAGGAAAGGAAGUUCAUAAUGCAAUUGUGAGCAGUAUACAAGAUUUGGCUAAAGCCUUCUCAAGCUACCAAGAUGAAGUAUUGGUAAAGAGAGAAGAAUUGCUACAAUUUGCACAGUGUGCAAUAUCUGGGUUGAAGAAAAAUGCUGAUCUUGCAAGAAUAGAUGCUGAAGCCUCAGCUUUACUGGAAAAACUUGAAGAAAAGAAAGCGUCCAAGGUCCCAUCAGGUGAAGGCGAUAAAGACGCGUCAGAAACAACCACUUCCAAGAUAGAGGCUCUAAAGGAAGAGCUUGCAGAAGUGCGCCUUUAUUCCAAAUUAGAAGCCCUUUUGCUACAGAAGAAGUUCUUAAACAAUGGGGACUCACCGGAGGUUCAUGCUCAAAAGGUCGACAAAUUGAAGGUUUUGUCGGAAUCUCUUGCUAGCUCUACAUCAAAAGCAGAAAAGCGCAUUUCAGAACACAGGAAACAUAAGGAAGAGGCUCUUAAUUUUCGUGUGACCAAAGCCAGUGAAGUUAACGAAGCUGAGAAGGAAUUGGGAGCUGAGAUUUCUGCACUAGAGAAGCAGCGGGAUGAACUGGAAGCUGAAUUAAAAAAGGUCAAUACAUCCUUGUCUGCUGCUCUUGGACGACUUCGAAACACCAAAGAAGAAAGGGAUCAAUUUGAUGAAGCAAGCAAUCAGAUUGUUGCACACUUGAAAACAAAGGAAGAUGAGCUUUUGAAAUCCAUUGCUUCAAGUAAAGUUGAAGCAGACAUAGUUCAUACAUGGAUCAAUUUCUUGGAGGAUACUUGGGUUCUCCAAUCUUCAUACUCAGAACAAAAGGAUAAGCAGGCCAAUGAGGAGCUGGAGAAGUAUGGAGACUACUUUUCAAAUCUGGUCAUCCGCAGCCUCUCUGCUUACAAGAACGAGUUGGGGCCUUCUAUCAUCCGUAUCAGACAAUUUGUUGAGAAUCUGAAGAAUUUAAAUGAAGGGUCAGACAUUACAUCCGGUUUAGAUGCCGAAGGCUCAAAAGUAAUGAACCCACGUAAAAUUCUAGAGGAGGAAUAUCUAGAAUUUGAAGCAAAGAUUUCGACUACCUUCAGUGUAGUGGACAACAUGAAAGAGAUGUUUUAUGCCCCAAAAGGGAAAAUUUCACGGAAAGAUGAUGAAAAAGUGAAAGAGCUGUUUGAUUCUAUUGAAGAAAUAAGAACGGAGUUUGAAUCCAUCGAGAGACCAAUUUUGGAGAUUGAAGAAACUCCAGAAGCAGCAAAACAGACUCCAUCUGGUGAAACUGCCGCAGUGAAUCCUCCCAACCCUACGCAGAUCAUCGAGACGUUGAUGUCCAAGAAAGAGGAACGUCCAGUGUCCCCCACUAUUCAACCACAACAACAUUCAUUGGACACUGAAGCAGAACUAGCAAAGCUGGAAUCAGAGUUUGGGCAGGUUGGCCAAGACUACUCAGCAGAAGAGGUUGGAGAUUGGGAAUUUGAUGAACUCGAAAAGGAACUAAGAUCUGGUGAUUCAGCUGCAGAAGCAACCAAAUAGAACCAACCCAUGUUGCUCGUCCGAGCUUAGUCUUUGUAGAAGAUACUGUCCCAUACACCAUUAUAUACGUACACAGGAUGUAAGCUGUAUGUAAUUAACAUACAUGAACUCUAAAAACUGCUACAUUUUAUUCGGAUUUGUUCUUUUAUUAUAUGAAACUAGAUCAGCUUCACUUUCAUCUUGA